AGAAGUUGGGUGUGUGACCUCUGCUGCAUAAUAUCCCUCCCACCAAACCCCAUCCUUCACUUUUCCUCCAAUUUUUAUAACAACCAAAAAUUCAGCCCUUGUGAGAAAUGGGAAGAGCACCUUGUUGUGAAAAGGAAGGACUAAAGAGAGGAAGAUGGACUUCUGAAGAAGAUGAGACAUUGAUCAAAUACAUUCAAGCCCAUGGUGAGGGUUCUUGGAGGUCGUUACCCAAGAAUGCAGGACUUUUAAGGUGCGGAAAGAGUUGCAGAUUAAGAUGGAUUAAUUAUCUUAGAGGAGACUUGAAGAGAGGGAAUAUCACUAGAGAAGAAGAAGAGCUGAUUGUCAAUUUACACCAAUGCUUGGGCAACAGAUGGUCUGUGAUCGCUAGCCAUUUACCUGGACGAACAGAUAACGAGAUCAAGAAUUACUGGAACUCUCAUCUAAGCCGAAAAAUGUACAUGUUCUUACGAGGUAAAAACAACUCAACACUAACCUCAGUGGACAUAACAAAUAUAGUUCAAACAUCCCGACGAACUGGUCGCGUUAGCCGUCACGUCGCUAAGAAGUAUAACAAGAAUAAGGUGGGUGGUCAUAUCAAGUCCCCAUCACCACCAAUUAGCAACUACUCAUCCCUACAAACAGUAAAUAAAGACAAAAGAGAUAUACAAAGAAUGAGUAGUAACUCUAUUUCCAUGAAGACAUGUGACAUCAUAGAUAAAGUUAGUGGCGAUAAGUUGAUUCUUGAAGAAGAGAGAGAAAAUAAAGAACCAGGACCAGAUGAAGUAGGGUACCAAGAUGAUGAGUUAAUGAAUAUCAACAACUUUUUAGUAAGUGGGGAGAUGGACUUGGAUGCUUUAUCGAGCCUUCAUGAUGAGGAACAAACAGGAAAAAUUGUAAAAGAUACAAGUGUCGAAUGUGCUCAAAAGAAUUUAGCAGAAGACAAAAGCAUUAGUUUGAGUUCACCAAUAUCAUUAGGGUUUUGCUCUAAUAGGGAAGAUAUGGAGUUUGCGUUUGAGGAUGUUGGUGACGACAUGAUGGUUUGGCUGUGGGGAGAUGAUGAUAUAGAGUUCAAUCACUACUAGGGUUUUGUGUGGUUAUUCUGUACUUUCCCAAAAUAUAUAUUUAUCAACCUACAUUAAUAAAUUCUAAACACUUUUUUUUU